AUGGUAAAUCGAAGAGUUAAUCGGCUUAUAAAUGCAAUAAUAGCAUGUUGUCUGGUUGGAUUUGUUGUCAUAUUUUUGAAAGCCCCGGCCAAUGAACCUCAAAUACAAAUGGGUGUUCCAGCUGUCGACAAAGAUAACGGAUGGUCACCUGAGGAAUGGAAACAACUAAAUAAAGAAAUUGCGAAUGAUACUAACUUUAUACAGCAUGCAGACUUAUCAGGAUGGUCGUUUGUGCAAGGCAACGCUACAAUAUCAGGUGAAGAAAUUGUUCAUUCUAUGCAAUUUCUUAACGAAAACUUUGAUGUUCUCAACACUGACAAAUUUGGUCCACCUAGCAAUGUGAAAACGAUUUUAGUAGUUCAAGUGCAUAAUCGCCCCGCUUACUUGCAAAUUCUGAUCGAGUCAAUGCGAAAAACGAAAGGAAUUGAUGAGACGCUCAUCGUUUUUUCCCACGAUAUUAAUGUUUCCGUUAUCAAUCAAAUGAUUCGAAACAUAACAUUUGCGAGGGUUUAUCAAAUAUUCUAUCCUUACAAUUUGCAAUUGUUCCCAUCAGUUUAUCCUGGGCAAAACGUUAAAGAUUGUCCAGAGAAAUUUUCUAAAUCUGAAGCUGAAAUGCUGCAGUGCAGAAAUUGGAAAACGCCGGAUAAAUAUGGAAAUUAUCGAGUUGCGAAGUUAACGCAGAUUAAACACCAUUGGUGGUGGAAGAUGAAUUUCGUAUUUGAUGGAAUUGUCGAUCGGUUUCAAAUGGAUGAUCCUUGGAUAUUACUACUUGAAGAAGACCAUAUUCUUGUGCCAGAUGCUCUUCAUGUUCUUAACACGAUCAUUGAUAACAAAUCAAGUUUUUGCGAAAAUUGCGCAAUUAUCUCACUAGGAUACUAUCUCAAAUCAAUGAAUGGUUAUGGAGACGAUAUCAACAAGCUAGCCGUACAGCCAUGGUAUAGCAGCCGGCACAAUAUGGGGAUGGCGAUUCAGCGUCAAACGUGGAAUGUUAUUAGAGAUUGUUCUACCUCGUUUUGCAAUUGGGAUGACUACAAUUGGGACUGGUCACUUAUGCAAGUAUCUGCCAAAUGUGUAUCUCAGCGAUUUCGAGUAAUUUUUGCGAAAAGUCCAAGGGUACUUCAUAUUGGUGAUUGCGGUGUUCAUACACAUCGAUGUGCGGCUCAUAAAGCCCUUGAUGCUGCAAUGGAAACUAUUCUCAAGCAUAAAAAUGCGCUGUUCCCCAGUAGUCUGGUGGUUUCGGUCGUAUCACGAAAAUCCCUGAAGCCAUCAAAAGAAAAUGGAGGAUGGGGCGAUGCAAGAGAUCGUGAACUUUGUCAGCUUAACAAAUAUCCACUGGUUAGGCAUACGUCAAGUGAAGAAACUGUUCUCAAAGAGUUGCUCAAUUCGAAAAUUUUACUUAAUUCAACGCCUCAAAACAACACACUUCGUCAGUCAUCUGGAUCUCUCUAA